AUGGUAGCUGGUGAAAGUGGGUUGGGUAAAACCACUUUUAUCAAUACCCUUUUCCAAACUUCAUUAAAACCACAUCAAGAUCCAAAUCAAAGACAUAAUAAAUUUACAACAGCUCAUCAAACUGUUGAAAUUGAUAUUGUUAGAGCUAUAUUAGAAGAAAAGAAUUUUAAAAUUAGAUUAAAUAUCAUUGAUACCCCCGGUUUUGGUAAUAAUGUCAAUAAUCAUGAUUCUUGGGUCCCAAUUAUUGAUUUUAUUGAUGACCAACAUGAAUCAUUUAUGAAACAAGAACAACAACCUUCAAGAAUUUCUAAAAAAGAUUUAAGAGUUCAUGCAUGUCUUUAUUUCAUUAGACCAACUGGUCAUUCUUUAAAACCAUUGGAUAUUGAAAUUAUGAAGAAAUUAUCUACUAGAGUCAAUCUUAUUCCAGUUAUUGCCAAAGCUGAUACUUUAUCACCUCAAGAAUUGGAUAUUUUCAAAACUAGAAUAAGGGAAAUCAUUGAAGCUCAAGACAUUAGUAUUUAUACCCCACCUUUAGAAUUGGAUGAUACUGCCAGUGCAGAACAUGCCAAACAAUUGAUUGAAUCCAUGCCAUUUGCUGUCAUUGGUUCAGAAGAAGAAGUUGAAGUUGGACCAGGUCAAUUUGUUAGAGGUAGAAAAUACCCAUGGGGUGUUGUUGAAGUUGAAAAUGAUCAACACUGUGAUUUCAAGAAAUUGAGAAGUUUAUUAUUGAGAACAAAUAUGUUGGAUUUGAUUUUAUCAACCAAUGAAUUGCAUUUCGAAACUUUUAGAUCACUUAAAUUAGGAGGUGAAGAACAAGAAACCAAUGAAGAAAAUGAAGGUGCUGAAGAAUUGACUAAUGAAAAGGGUGAAGUCGUUAAGAAACCUUCUAAUUCUAAGAAACCAAGAAGAUUACAUAACCCUAAAUUUAAAGAAGAAGAAGAUGCAUUAAAGAAAUUCUUCACUGAACAAGUUAAAGCUGAAGAGCAAAGAUUUAGACAAUGGGAAACCAAUAUCAUUAAUGAAAGAAAUAGAUUGAAUCAAGAUUUGGAAGAAAUGCAAUCUAAAUUGAAGACUUUGGAAGAGCAAGUGAAAAAAUUACAACUUGCUAAACGUUAG